AUGAUUGACUGGGAAUCUGACGAUGAAUACUUCUCUAAGGAAAAGAAAGCCAGGAUAGUGGAAAUAAGCAAUGACGAAGAGAUUCCUGAGGAGUUACUGGAUAUUGACGAUGAGCCGACCAUCAUGGAGCCUCUGGUACUUGAGGAAGAUGAUGACAGCAAUGAUUUGAAGGAUCCUGUGCUAAAAGAAGGGGAUUCAUGUGAUCAGGGCCAAGCUGCCUCAGAUGAGAAAGAGCUGGAAGAACCUACUGUCUCCCAGCCCAAUGCAUCUGAUGAUGCUGGGGAGCAAGAUCUUGCUGGAAAUCUCAGCCAGCCACCAAAUGAUCCUGAGGCUAACCUAAAGAUUUCAAAUAGAAAGAUGUCAACUGAUGAAGAGCCUAAAACUGUGGCGGAACAACCAAGGAAAAGGAAGCAAAAAACCAAACAUAUUUGUGUGCCACCUGCCGUUAAAAGUCAGAAAAAGCGUGAGCCUCCCAAGAGGAAACCCAGAGCAGCAAAAGUUGAAAAAGUCGAGGCCGGGCAUCCUACGUGCAAAAUACCUGGAUGUUUCUUGCUCGGCCUUGAAAACUUAAAACAAUAUUCUGGAAGGAAGUUCAAGCAAAAUAAGGAUGAGCUGGUUCAGAGGAUCUACAGCCUGUUUAAUAGAUCCGUCUGUGAUGAGCAGCUGCCGGAGAAGAUGGACAUCGUCUGGAAUAAAAAGAUGCUCAGAACUGCUGGCUUAUGCACCACUGGCCAGAAACAGUACCCAAAGAAGGAGCGCUUCGCCAAGAUCCAGAUUGCUGUGAAAGUCUGCGACUCUGCAGACCGACUCCGUGAUACUUUGAUCCAUGAAAUAUGCCAUGCAGCCUCCUGGCUGAUCGAUGGUAUCCGUGAUUCUCAUGGUGAUGCAUGGAAGUAUUAUGCCAUGAAAUCCAACAUGGUGCACCCAGAGCUGCCCUUGGUCACCCGUUGCCACAACUAUACCAUUAACUACAGGAUUCAAUAUGAAUGUACUCAGUGCAAAUCCAGGAUUGGCCGCUACACCAAGUCGUUGAACACCAACCUCUUUAUCUGUGCCCAAUGCAAGGGGACUCUGGUCAUGCUGCCGUUAACUCGGAAGGAUGGGACCCCCACUAAGUCAUAUGUGCGACCAUUUGCCCAGUAUGUGCAGCAGAAUUACAGAACAGUUCUGUACAGCAAUGCAGGCAUUAGCCACGGGGAUGUGAUUAGAAAGCUCAGCAAGGAUUUUAUGGCCAAGAAACAAAACAAAGCUCCUUAA